AUGUCGGAUGCAGCUCGACUGAAGGCCACCGUGUACGUCGGUGGUCUCGACCUCGGCGUCACGACGCAAACACUCCAUGCAGCCUUCGUUCCCUUCGGUGACAUAGUCGACAUCACCCUCCCCAAACCAGAGCUACCGUCAAACAAAGAUCCGCACCGUGGCUUUGGAUACGUGGAGUUUGAGAGCGCGGAAGAUGCACGAGAGGCAAUCGAUAAUAUGGAUAAGAGCGAGCUCUACGGACGAGUUAUCAAAGUGGCACCGGCCAAGCCUCAAAAGGAGCAGAAUGAAGGACUCGGGAGCAAGACGGCGAUUUGGGAACAGGAAGGCUGGCUUGCAAAAAAUGCCGUCAGCGAUGAAGAUAGGUUGGCCGUGCAGGAUGCAAGAGGGGCAGCAGAGGAAGGGCCAAUGGAUCCGAUGCAAGGUUUAGAAGGGCUGGACGUCGCAGGGCCGAAGCAAGCAUGA